UUGACCGUGUUAGAAGGUUGCAAAGUGUUUGUGGAUGUGUGGAUGAGUGAUGGGCAAGAUACAUCUUUGCUUUACAUUGAUAUUGCAAAGAAUCUGGGUGCUCAGGUUGUUAGAAGAAUUGGACCACAAUGUACACAUGUCGUAUAUACAUCUGGUUGUGAAAGGACUGUGGAACAGUAUCUUGCCCUGGACAAAAGACAGAGACCGAAAGCCGUCGGAGCGUCUUGGCUAAGAGACUGCAAACAAGCCACCGCGCGUUUAAAUGAAGAGCUUUACCUAGUGGAUAUG